AUGACUGAGGACAUACUUGCACCUGGUGCAGAAGCUAGUGAUAUUGCUGAGGGAUUAGCUGAUGAUGGUACUGAGGGAUUAGCUGGUGAUGAUGUUGAGGGAUUCCCAGGUGGGCCACAUGAUCCAUCAGUGCUGACUUCGUUUGCUGACCAUGUUGCACAUAGCAUAUGGAAUGGAGAGGAACGUCCUGAAUUGAAGUUAGCCUCCCACGGAAAGAAAGUUGAAAAAUUUGGGAGGCCAGCUCCUAAGAUUGAAGGGCUAGUCACUGCCAUAGGAUUAACUCCUUUGAUUGCGUGUUUAGUAGACACUGGCGAUCUAGGAGUUAUAUCCGCUUUUGUUGAGAGGUGGCACAAGGAGACUAGCAGCUUCCAUCUUCCAGUAGAAGAGUUGGCCAUCACACUGGAUGAUGUGGCCUCAUUGCUUCAUCUUCCGAUCAUAAGCGCCUUCCACAGCUUCGAGCCUCUGCAUGUGGAUGAGGCGGUCAUUAUGUUGAUGGAGUUGGUAGAGGUCUCGAAUGAAAAGGCCAGAGCUGAGACUGCACAAUGUCAUGGGGCAUACUGUUGGAUAUAUAAGCACUUUCCCAAUGUUCAUGAGAGCAUGACUGAUGAAAGGUAUGAUGAGAUGUCACAACGUGCCUAUCGGUGGCUUACUAUGAAGGCUUAUAUGAAGGAAUUAACAGCAUCGUCGUACCGGACACGUAUAGAUGCAUUGAUGAUCCCUGACAUAUGUUGGAUGCCUUAUGGUGACCACCGAAGAGUUAGGGCGUUUGACCUCAUUUCAUGCUUUCAGGCAAAUUACAUGGACUGGUUCUUUGGGAUAUCUCAUCCGUUCAUCACACCCACACGGGCAGUUGAUCAGCCCAGACAUCCACUUGUCCCACAGCAUGAGGCAUAUGUGGAGCCAGAUAUCCCGGAGGAUGCUUGUGAAGCGAUCGCAGAAAGGUUGGAGCGUGUGCUCAACCUAAGGAUGGUCACCGCAGGCACAGAGUUACAUGACAUCAUGGAAGACUGCCUUAGGAUCGCAAGGGGUGUCACCUCAGAUGGAAAUGAUUAUGUUAGGGCGCAACAAAGACGGCGCACAAAUCAUUCAUAG